UCCCCUAAUUUGUUCUUUACCAUCUUUAAACUGCACGCAGACUGUAUGUUGACACACACACACACGCACACACAUACCAAAAGCACUACUUCUUCAACCCCAACAACGCAUUGGUCAUUUUUCUUGUGGUGUGUGCAUAAGUAGUCUAUGUGAAUUAUUCUUUGAAAGUCUGGUUGGUGCUUUGGUCCAAUCGUUAUUGACCAAAGUUCCCCCCUUUUUAUAAUUCCGCAUUAUCUUUCUUGGAUCUGCAAAAGGGAAAAGAGGCAAAAAAGGUGAUGAAACGAGUCCUCAUUUGAAGAAAGGGUGAAAAGCCUCAAACUUGAAGCUUGCUUGAUUAGGAAAUUUUGUGGGUGAGGGGAAUUUGGCAGCUUUUUUUAUUGGGCCAAUUCUUGAUGCAGUGAAAGUGGGGGUUUCUUUGAAGGAGAAGAUACUGUUUUCAAGGUGGGUUGUUUGCUUUUUCUUGUCUGAGCUUCAGCUGCCUAUGAAGCUGUGUUUUCCUUUAAUCUUACACCGUAAAGAAUCUGCGAAGAAAUGGACUUAUAGGAAUGGAUCCUCAGGCCUUUAUUAGGUUAUCGAUUGGAUCUCUGGGAAUUAGAUUUCCCAGAAGUGCUGCCGAAGAAUCUGGUAUUUGUUCGUUCUCUUCUCCAUAUGUAUGUGAGAUCCGCCUCCGCGGUUUCCCUGUGCAGACAACGCCAAUCCCUUUUAUACCAUCUCCUGAAGCAGCUCCUAAUUAUCACAGCGUCUCGUCAAGCUUUUAUCUCGAAGAAUCCGACUUGAAAGCACUCUUGGCACCUGGAUGUUUAUAUGCCUCCCAUGCGAGGCUCGAGAUAGUGGUUUUCACAGGGAAAAAGGGUUCUCACUGUGGUGUUGGUGUCAAGAGGCAACAAAUUGGAGCUUUUAAGUUGGAUGUUGGUCCUGAAUGGUGCGAAGGAAAGCCAGCUAUUUUAUUCAAUGGCUGGAUUGGCAUUGGCAAGAACAGGCACGAGACAGGGAAACCAGGAGCCGAGCUUCAUAUGCGGGUGAAGCUGGACCCUGACCCUAGAUACGUUUUCCAAUUCGAAGAUGAGACUAUGUUGAGCCCGCAAAUUGUUCAGCUUCAAGGCAAUGUCAAGCAGCCUAUUUUCAGCUGCAAGUUUACUCGAGACAGGGCAUCCCAGGUUGAUCCACUAAGCAACUUCUGGUCAAAUGCAGCCGAUGGUUUGAACCAAGAUAUGGGGAGACGAGAGCGCAAGGGGUGGAGGGUGAAGAUACAUGACCUAUCCGGCUCAGCUGUUGCAGCGGCCUUCAUAACAACCCCUUUUGUUCCAGCAACGGGCUGUGACUGGGUGGCGAAGUCCAAUCCGGGAGCCUGGCUAAUCGUGCGCCCGGAUCCAUGCAGCCCCGAGAGCUGGCAGCCAUGGGGGAAGCUCGAAGCCUGGCGUGAACGAGGAGGAGUCAGAGACUGCAUCUGCUUCCGCUUCCACGUCUUCUCAGACGGGCAGGAAGGAGGGGAGUUUCUGGUUUCAGAGAUACUGAUCAACGCAGAGAAAGGUGGGGAGUUCUUCAUAGAUACUGACAGACAGGCAGCAACGCCAUUGCCGAGCCCACAGAGCAGUGGUGACUUUGCAGGGCUGAGCCCCGUUGCUGGUGGGUUCGUCAUGAGCUGUAGGGUGCAGGGAGAAGGGAAGUUGAGCAAGCCUCGCGUGCAGCUCGCGAUGAGACAUGUCACGUGUGUCGAGGAUGCCGCCAUCUUCAUGGCUCUCGCUGCUGCCGUCGAUCUUAGUAUAGAGGCGUGCGUUCCCUUUCGUAGAAAGAUUCGAAGAGGCAGCCAUUCUUGGUGAAGAAAGAUAUUAUUCAGUUUAAGAAAAUAGUUUCCUCUGAUUAUGGGAUCACAUUUUUGUACAGAAUCAACUUGAAUUAGAUGUGGACACUGCUAAUUAUCCAACUUUUGGUUAAAAUUCUACAUGUUCAUCCUUCCCAUUUA